AUCCACGCCCAAGUAGCUGCGCAAUUAGUUCCUCCGUGUGUUUCGAUCAAGCACGAUCACACAUCGGUAUCAAAGUUGAAAUACAACCAUGAGGGUCACUUUCGUCGCGGUGUUCGCUUUCACUGCCGUACUUUUCGUCGGUGCGAUAGCUCGUCCUGGGGGUUUUAAGGAGCCCAAAGGACGUUCUCGGCGCGGAGUUCAGGAAUGGGACGCGUCCAGGAGAGGUUGGCGCUCUAAUCCAGUGCCGAUUCCACAAUCGCUCUACCCUUACGGCUACGGUGAUUCCAAGUACAUGUCUGCACAGCGGCCGGUUGAUGAUUUGUUGCCUCAGGAGGGCGCCUACGGGGAUGCGGACAGGGACGAAGACUUCCUGCAGGAUACCCGUCGACAAGGUUACGCUGGACUACAGAAGUCAGACGACGUGCAAGACGAUGUCAGAUUCGCUGGUCGUGAUGAGGUUGAAAAGUACGAACAGAAGCGCAAGUACCCAACAAAGUAUGACGACUAUAUCGAUGAUGAGGAAUACGAUUAUUCUGAUGAGGAAGACGAUUCGGAUGGAGAUGAUGCCGACGACGAUUCCGAUACUGAAGGGUUUACUAAAUUUCACGUCGGCAACUCCGUGCGAUGGGAUAGAUCUCCAGCCGAUUUUCCGCGCUUCAAUCCUGACGGUAAGUUUAUCUUCAGGAAUUUUUAAGUCAUGAGGAAUUUAUCCGACGAGAAUUUAAUUAUAUUUUGCUUACAGUUCUUGACUGAAAAAUGUAUUUUCCGUUUGCAGUUGGUCGUGACUACCGCGGUGAUAAGCGUAGGCGCCGAUCUAUUUCCUAGACGUCAAGCCAAGUCAAGAUGGUGGUGAAUAUUUGUGUUAAUUAAUGAAACAUCCACUUGUUUGUAUAUUUCUGAUAAGUACUCUUCGAAAAUUUCUGCUCGUUGGGUAUAACAAAGUGUGUUAUUACAAUAAUUUUUAUAUGU